AUGGAAGCUGUUGAUCAUGUACCUAUCACGCUUACCGGUAGGCUAGCUCGAUGGCUGCUUUUGGUUUCCGAGUUCGAUCUUCAAUAUGUCACUCGUAAGUCUGUCAAACGGAGAAUCGUAGCAAAGUUCUUGGCAAAUCACCUGAUCGAUGAGGAAGAGGACGAGGAAUACAAAUUGUCGAAUAAAGAUAUUCUGCAAUUGGGAGAAGAUACUUGGAAUUUAUAUUUUAACGGAGUUGCCUAUCAGUAUGGAUAUGGGUUAGGGGUGUUGCUUAUAGCACCCGACGACUCUCACGUGCCUUUGGCCUUCAAAUUCUGGUUUAGAGUAUCCAAUAAUUGCUCAGAGUAUGGGGCAUGCAUAGCCAGACUAGAAGCUACUCUAGAACUAGGUGCAAUAAGAUUGGAUAUGAUUGGACAUUCAAACCUGGUUGUGUCCCAAGCCAACGGGGAUUGGAAUGUGAAGGAAGAAAAGAUAAAAGUCUAUCAUCAGACUUUGGAUAUACUUUUCCUAAGGUUUGAACUAUUGACAUUUACACACUUGGUGAGAGAAAACAAUAGGUUCACUGAUGCCUUGGCAACCUUAGCUUCGAUGUUAGACAUACCGAUUAGGGUAAGGAUGCGUCUAAUUAUCAUAGAGCAGAGGUACACACUAGCAUAUGAGAUGAUUGUUGUGAUAGAAGAAGCCCAAGAUGAGGGUCCUUGGUUCUUUGACAUUUGGAACUUUCUAGAAAAAGAAGUAUACUCGCAAGCGGCAAAUGCUAAGGACAAAAGGGAGAUACGGCGUUUGGUCACUCAAUUCAUCAUUUGUGGAGAUAAGUUGUAUAAAAGGGGUCAUCUAGGAAUGCAUAAGUUGUGUGUGGAGGAAGAUGAAGCCAAACGCAUUAUGAAAGCUGUCCAUAGAGGAGAAUGCGGGGCUCAUAUGAAUGGUCUAAUGUUAGCAAGGAAAAUCCUCAGAUAA